UCCACCUUUAAGCCCUCAGAACUACCAGAACUGAACUGCCCUCUCCCGCUACCAGCCCAAAGACAUUCUGCCCCACGCCCUUGUCUGCUUUAUCAAAUGCCCAAAAACAGCAAGGCCGUCAAGAGAGAGCUUGACGACGAUGUCACAGAGUCUGUCAGAGACCUGCUAUCCAACGAGGACACAUGUGAUGAUUCCUUCAAGAAGAGCUCGCUGAUCGCUGGUGGCGGCGGAGGUGAUGGGGAAGGGGAGGAGCUUAACCUUAACGGAGAUGUGGACGUGGAGGACGGAGGCUCGGACGCAGAGGAUGAUGCAGCGAGACCAGCCUGGAACAGCAAGCUGCAAUACAUCCUAGCCCAGGUGGGCUUCUCUGUAGGCCUGGGCAAUGUCUGGAGAUUCCCCUACCUGUGUCAGAAGAACGGAGGGGGUGAGUAGCUGUUGUGCUUAUUGGUUAGGGUAUAGAAGUCGCCUGCCCUUAUGGUUAGGAUUUGGGGAGGUUAGCCUGCCCCAUCGUGUGGUGUGUGUGUGUGUGUGUGUGUAUGUGUAUGUGUAUGGAUGUUAAGUGUGUGAACCUCCUGUUGUGUUGUGGUGCUCGUCUGUCAAAACCAGACUUUGCUCUGUGACCUUGGUGAUCCAAGCUCUCAAGAUCAACAUCACAGUGGUCACAUGACUGUCUGAGUCUAUCUCCGUCUCUCCUCUUUCAAUAACCUAGUAACAACCAGCAAAUAACACAAUGAUAACCACGCUACAACAAGCAACAAUAACAGCACACAAUACCAGCAACACCCCAUCAAUUACUGUUAUUUUAACCACACAGCAACAACCAAUGACAAAUCAAAUCAAAGUUUAUUGGUCAUGUACACAGAUUUGCAGAUGUUAUCACAGGUGCAGAGAAAUGCUUGUGUUUCUAACUCCAACAGGGCAGUAAUACCUAGCAAUAAAUAAAUAAAUACACACAUAAUCCAGAAAAAAAAACAAAUCUAAACAUAUCAGAACGAGCAAAUCAAAUCAAAUGUAUAUUUUAUUUGUCACAUACACCGAACACAACUGGUGUAGACUUUACCGCUUGCUUAUGAGCCCUUCCCAACGAUGCAGAGUUUAAAAUAAUAACACAAGAAGAGGACUAAAAUACACAAGAAUGGAGCUAUGUACAGGGAGCAGUAGUACUAGAUCAAUGUGCAGAGGUACGAGGUAUUUCAGGUAGCUACUGUAUUUACAUGAAGGCAGGGUCAAGUGACUAGGCAUCAGGAUAGAUAAUAAAGAGCAGAGUAGCGUGUGUGUGUGUGUGUGUGUGUGUGUAAUGUGUACAUACACUGAGUGUACAACAUAUUAGGAACACCUGCUCUUUCCAUGACCUAGACUGACCAGGUGAAUCCAGGUGAAAGCUAUGAUCCCUUAUUGAUGUCACCUGUUAAAUCCACUUCAAUCAGUGUAGAUGAAAGGGUGGAGAUAGGAUAUAGAAGGAUUUUUAAGAAUUGAGACAAUUAAGACAUGGAUUGUGUAUGUGUGCCAUAAAGAGGGUGAAUGGGCAAGAGAAAAUAUUUAAGUGCCUUUGAACUGCAACGCUGCUGGGUUUUUCACGCUCAACAGUUUCCCGUGUGUAUCAUGAAUGGUCCACCACCCAAAUGACAUCCAGCCAACCUGACAUAACUUUGGGAAGCAUUGGAGUGAACAUGGGCCAGCAUCCCUGUGGAAUGCUUUCGAGACCCUGUAGAGUCCAUGCCCCCGACGAAUCAAGGCUGUUCAGAUCGUAAAAGGGGGGUGCAACUCAAUAUUAAUGUUUUGUACACUCAAUGUAUAUGUGAAUGGUUUCUGUCUGUAUGCGUGUGUGUGUGUGUGUAUAGUCCAUCUCAUGUUUUCCAGGUCUGUUUAAGUGGCCACCCUGCUGGCUUCUGCUGUAUUUAUACUGAACAAAAAUAUAAACGCGACAUGUAAAGUGUUGGUCCAUGUUUCAUGAGCUGAAAUAAAAUAUCCUAGAAAUUUCCAUAAGCACAAAAAGCUUAUUUAUCUCAAAUGUUGUGCACAAAUUUGUUUAUAUCCCUGUUAGUGAGCAUUUCUCCUUUGCCAAGAUAAUCCAUCCACCUGACAGGUGUGUUAUAUCAAGAAGCUGAUUAAACAGCAUGAUCAUUACACAGGUGCACCUUGUGCUGGGGACAAUAAAAGGCAACUGUAAAAUUUGCAGUUUUGUCACACAACACAAUGCCACAGAUGUCUCAAGUUUUGAGGGAACGUGCAAUUGGCAUGCUGACUGCAUGAAUGUCCACCAGAGUUGUUGCCAGAUAAUUUAUGUUCAUUUCUCUACCAUAAGCUGCCUCCAACGCCGUUUUAGAGAAUUUGGCAAUACGUUCAACCUCACAACCGCAGACCAUGUAUAACCACGCCAGCCCAGGACCUCCACAUCUGGCUUCUUCCCCUGCGGAAUCGUCUGAGAACAGCCACCUGGACAGCUGAUGAAACUGUGGGUUUGCACAACCGAAGAAUUUCUGCACAAACUGUCAGAAACCGUCUCAGGGAAGCUCAUCUGCGUGCUCGUCGUCCUCACCAGGGUCUUGACCUGACUGCAGUUUGGCGUCAUAACUGACUUCAGUGAGCAAAUGCUCACCUUCGAUGGCCACUGGCCAACUGGAGAAGUGUGCUCUUCACGGAUGAAUCCCGGUUUCAACUGUACCGGGCAGAUGGCAGACAGCGUAUAUAUGGCGUCGUGUGGACAAGCGGUUUGCUGAUGUCAACGUUGUGAACAGAGCGCCCCAUGGUGGCAGCGGGUUUAUGGUAUGGGCAGGCAUAAGCUAUGGACAACGAACACAAUUGCAUUUUUUAUCGAUGGCAAUUUGAAUGCACAGAGAUACCGUGCCCAUUGUCGUGCCAUUAAUCCGUCGCCAUCACCUCAUGUUUCAGCAUGAUAAUGCACGGCCUCAUGUCACAAGGAUCUGUACACAAUUCUUGGAAGCUGAAAAUGUCCCAGUUCUUCCAUGGCCUGCAUACUCACCAGACAUUGAGCAUAUUUGGGAUGCUCUGGAUCGACGUGUACGACAGCGUGUUCCAGUUCCCGCCAAUAUCCAGCAACUUCACACAGCCAUUGAAGAGGAGUGGGACAACAUUCCACAGGCCACAAUCAACAGCCUGAUCAACUCUAUGCAAAAGGAGAUGUGUCACGCUGCAUGAGGCAAAUGGUGGUCACACCAGAUACUGACUGGUUUUCCUCUUUUUAAGGUAUCUGUGACCAACAGAUGCAUAUCUGUUUUCCCAGUCAUGUGAAAUCCAUAGAUUAGGGCCUAAUGAAUUUAUUUCAAUUGACUGAUUUCCUUAUAAGAACUGUAACUCAGUAAAAUCUUUGAAAUUGUUGCAUGUUGCGUUUAAAUUGUUGUUCAGUGUAGAUUAAAAUGUCAAGUCUACCUACAGUGGGGAGAACAAGUAUUUGAUACACUGCCGAUUUUGCAGGUUUUCCUACUUACAAAGCAUGUAGAGGUCUGUGAUUUUUAUCAUAGGUACACUUCAACUGUGAGAGACGGAAUCUAAAACAAAAAUCCAGAAAAUCACAUUGUAUGAUUUUUAAGUAAUUACAUUUGCAUUUUAUUGCAUGACAUAAGUAUUUGAUACAUCAGAAAAGCAGAAUAUAUCUGCUUUAAUAUUUGGUACAGAAACCUUUGUUUGCAAUUACAGAGAUCAUACGUUUCCCGUAGGUCUUGACCAGAUUUGCACACACUGCAGCAGGGAUUUUGGCCCACUCCUCCAUACAGACCUUCUCCAGAUCCUUCAGGUUUCGGGGCUGUCGCUGGGCAAUACGGACUUUCAGCUCCCUCCAAAGAUGUUCUAUUGGGUUCAGGUCUGGAGACUGGCUAGGCCACUCCAGGACCUUGAGAUGCUUCUUACGGUCUUACGGAGCCACUCCUUAGUUUCCCUGGCUGUGUGUUUCGGGUCGUUGUCAUGCUGGAAGACCCAGCCACGACCCAUCUUCAAUGCUCUUACUGAGGGAAGGAGGUUGUUGGUCAAGAUCUCGCGAUACAUGGCCCCAUCCAUCCUCCCCUCAAUACGGUGCAGUCGUCCUGUCCCCUUUGCAGAAAAGCAUCCCCAAAGAAUGAUGUUUCCACCUCCAUGCUUCACGGUUGGGAUGGUGUUCUUGGGGUUGUACUCAUCCUUCUUCUUCCUCCAAACACGGCGAGUGGAGUUUAGACCAAAAAGCUCUAUUUUUGUCUCAUAAGACCACAUGACCUUCUCCCAAUCCUCCUCUGGAUCAUCCAGAUGGUCAUUGGCAAACUUCAGACGGGCCUGGACAUGCGCUGGCUUGAGCAGGGGGACCUUGCGUGCGCUGCAGGAUUUUAAUCCAUUACGGCGUAGUGUGUUACUAAUGGUUUUCUUUGAGACUGUGGUCCCAGCUCUCUUCAGGUCAUUGACCAGGUCCUGCCGUGUAGUUCUGGGCUGAUCCCUCACCUUCAUCAUGAUCAUUGAUGCCCCACAAGGUGAGAUCUUGCAUGGAGCCCCAGACCAAGGGUGAUUGACCGUCAUCUUGAACUUCUUCCAUUUUCUAAUAAUUGCACCAACAGUUGUUGCCUUCUCACCAAGCUGCUUGCCUAUUGUCCUGUAGCCCAUCCCAGCCUUGUGCAGGUCUACAAUUUUAUCCCUGAUGUCCUUACACAGCUCUCUGGUCUUGGCCAUUGUGGAGAGGUUGGAGUAUGUUUGAUUGAGUGUGUGGACAGGUGUCUUUUAUACAGGUAACGAGUUCAAACAGGUGCAGUUAAUACAGGUAAUGAGUGGAGAACAGGAGUGCUUCUUAAAGAAAAACUAACAGGUCUGUGAGAGCCGGAAUUCUUACUGGUUGGUAGGUGAUCAAAUACUUAUGUCAUGCAAUAAAAUGCAAAUGUAAUUACUUAAAAAUCAUACAAUGUGAUUUUCUGGAUUUUUGUUUUAGAUUCCGUCUCUCACAGUUGAAGUGUACCUAUGAUAAAAAUUACAGACAUCUACAUGCUUUGUAAGUAGGAAAACCUGCAAAAUCGGCAGUGUAUCAAAUACUUGUUCUCCCCACUGUAUCUAUCUACAGUUGAAGUCGGAAGUUUACAUACACCUUAGCCAAAUACAUUUCAACUCAGUUUUUCACAAUUCCUGACAUUUAAUCCUAGUAAAAAUUCCCUGUUUUAGGUCAGUUCGGAUCACCACUUUAUUUUAGAAUGUGAAAUGUCAGAAUAAUAGUAGAGAGAAUGAUUUAUUUCAGCUUUUAUUUAUUUCAUCACAUUCCCAGUGGGUCAGAAGUUUACACACACUUAAUUAGUAUUUGGUAGCAUUGCCUUUCAAUUGUUUAACUUGGGUCAAACGUUUCGGGUAGCCUUCCACAAGCUUCCCACAAUAAAUUGGGUGAAUUUUGGCCCAUUCCUCCUGACAAAGCUGGUGUAACUGAGUCAGGUUUGUAGGCUUCCUUGCUCGCACACGCUUUUUCAGUUCUGCCCACACAUUUUCUAUAGGAUUGAGGUCAGGGCUUUGUGAUGGCCACUCCAGUACCUUGACUUUGUUGUCCUUAAGCCAUUUUGCCACAACUUUGGAAGUAUGCUUGGGGUCAUUGUCCAUUUGGAAGACCCAUUUGCGACCAAGCUUUAACUUCCUGACUGAUGUCUUGAGAUGUUGCUUCCUUCCUCAUGAUGCCAUCUAUUUUGUGAAGUGCACCAGUCCCUCCUGCAGCAAAGCACCCCCACCAAAGUACGUUCAUCUCUAGGAGAGAGAACGCGUCUCCUUCGUGAGCGGUAUGACGGCUGCGUGGUCCCAUGGUGUUUAUACUUGUGUACUAUUGUUUGUACAGAUGAACGUGGUACCUUCAGGCGUUUGGAAAUUGCUCCCAAGAAUGAACCAGACUUUUGGAGGUCUACAAAAACAUUUCUGAGGUCUUGGCUGAUUUAUUUUGAUUUUCCCAUAAUGUCAAGCAAAGAGGCACUGAGUUUGAAGGUAGGCCUUGAAAUACAUCCACAGGUACACCUCCAAUUGACUAAAAUUAUGUCAAUUAGCCUAUCAGAAGCUUCUAAAGCCAUGACAUAAUUUUCUGGAAUUUCCCAAGCUGUUUAAAAGGCACAGUCAAUGUAGUGUGCGUAAACUUCUGACCCACUGGAAUUGUGAUACAGUGAAUUAUAAGUGAAAUAAUCUGUCUGUAAACAAUUGUUUGAAAAAUUACUUGUGUCUGCCAAAACUAUAGUUUGUUAACAAGAAAUGGAGUGGUUGAUUACAAGUUCGGGAAGAAAGUGAUUGCAGUACUUUUCUUCUGUUUUCCCAAAAGUCAAGCCAGUCAAAAGCAAACGUUGUUUUGAAACUGUCGCUUAUUGACAAAUGUGAUAUCCUCAUUUCUCAUUCACCAUCAGUGACUUUAGAGCUGCCAGAAUAACAGAAUAUUUGUGAAAAGCAAAACAUAUAAAGGCUUAGAGGUUAGGUUUUUAUGCAAAUCUUGUACUGGCUAUAGAUUGUAUUAAUCUCUUUCAGUUACUGGCAAUGUGGCUCUAGCAGUAAAGACACAACCACCAUUUCCUGUGAAGAAAGGUUUUUGUAAUCUUUCUCCUGUACCAUUUGUCUACCAGUUGCAGUCCCUGAGAGUAACAGACGCAGACAGACCCUGUUUACAGACCUGUGCUAUUAUGGGCUGUUUCUUAGUCAUUCUCCCUGAAGCUGUCUGUAAAGCAUAUAAAGAAUGUCAUCAUCCUGAUGUGGAUUCCAGUAGCCACAGAUCAAUUUGGAUCAUCUGAGACCUGAGUAUCUUUCCAGAUCAAAAUACUUAUGUGGCACAACACACCAUGAUGAGGGAGAUGACUUGAGAGAGAGAGAGAGAGAGAGAGAGGCGGAACUGGUGUGGUGUGCAGUCACUACAUGGUGUGUGGGUGUGUGUGUGUGUGUGUGUGGCUGCGUGCAUACGGGCGUGUGUGUUCGCAUCAUGCUCAUGUGUGUGUAUGUUUGUGUGUGACAUAGUUCUGACCCAGUGUGUGUUUGUCCUUCUUCGCAGGGGCGUACCUGGUUCCCUACCUCAUUCUGCUGAUUGUGAUUGGCAUCCCCCUAUUCUUCCUGGAGCUGUCGGUGGGGCAGCGGAUCCGCAGGGGCAGCAUCGGGGUGUGGAACUACAUCAGCCCUCGCCUGGGGGGCAUCGGUUUCGCCAGCUGUGUGGUGAGUGAAGUCAGAUGCACUGCUACCAAGACUGUGUGUGAAAACGUAUUCCUCAGUCUGACGUGUCCCCACUUACUCCUCAGUCUGACGUCCCCACUUGCGCCAGAGAAUAGCUAGCUUUUCGCGUGGCGCUGACUGGUAGGACGCUUCGUGAGGGCGGUCACGUGUGCUAGCAAAGCAGCGGUCCUGGGUUCGAGUCGACUCAGGAGGAAGUGGUACUCGCUAAGCAUGCAGCGUGACGUCCUUUACAUGGGCACUGUACACACUUCCUUAGAAUAAAGGGGAAAGCAGACACGUAAACAGGACUGUUUCUUUCUGCUUCACAUGCAAACACGCACACAUUUUGCUCCAUUUUCUUUAAACCCAUCUACCCUUAGCAUCUUUCUAUGGUAAUGAAUUGAGAAAUGACAAGACAAGCUGCCUUUUAAAGAGUAACUGUCUUCUCCAUGUCAUCUCAGCCAGUAUAAACUCAUUUCAUGAGUCAUUGUGUUCCGGUCUCUGUUUCUUAAUGGCCGCCACGCAGUGGAGAGCAGAGGGAAUUCUGGGUACUGAAUAGGUCACGUGUCACCAACACCUUUCUGUGAACUAACUGGCAGCACGUGUCAACCAUGAUAACACUGCCAACAAUGAUAACACUGCCGACCACGAUAACACUGCCGACCACGAUAACACUGCUGACCACGAUAACACUGUCGACCAUGAUAACACGUGCUGGUUGAGGAUGGUUUAAAUGUAGUCCUUUGACAGGUGGUACCAUGUUAAACUGAUUUUGUUGGACUAGUGUGUCGCCUUGGCUUUCUCUGUUAGGAUUGCUGGAAAACCCAUUAAGACAAAUGCAUUUAUAAUAAGCAUCAUAUCGAUGUGUGUUUAUAAGGUAGUGAUGAUUUAGAUUGUGUGUUUUAAACACUAACUUGUUUGUGUACUGCAGGUGUGUUUCUUUGUGGCCCUCUACUACAAUGUGAUCAUCGGGUGGAGUCUAUUCUAUUUCUCCCAGUCCUUCCAGCAGCCUCUGCCAUGGCACGAGUGUCCCCUGGUCAAGAACAAAAGCACUACGUGUAAGGCAAACACACACCCAUGCUCACACCCAUGCUCACACCUUCACCACACAAGAGGCAAUAACUACCCUACUGAGUGUCUCUGAAUAACUAGCAUACAAGUUCAUAAAAAGCAUGCAAUAAAGUCGUGGUGCAUUUACCACCCAGUGAAAGCGAUACAGUAAGCCGUUAGCCAUACUGUAGAUUCACAGUAAUCCAUUAUAAAGUGAGCUCUAACGAGUGAGGUGACCACAGAAACUCAACUCCAGGUGUUCUGCACCUGUUUCAUCAGUAACACCCUCCAUGUUGUCCCUCCUACCUCCAGACGUGGUGCCUGAGUGUGAGAAGAGCUCGGCCACCACCUACUACUGGUACCGUGAGGCUCUGAACAUCUCGGAUUCCAUCUCUGAGAGCGGUGGCCUCAACUGGAGGAUGACCAUCUGUCUGCUGGCCGCCUGGUCCAUGGUCUGCCUCGCCAUGAUCAAGGGCAUCCAGUCCUCUGGGAAGGUGAGUGAGUGAGUGAGUGUAAGAGUGAGAUGGGAAAUUGACCUAAUAAGAGUCUGCAAGUAAGAGAGAAAAAUAGUUUGUGUGAGACAGAGCAUGCUAGAUAGUUACUGUAUACCUGGCAGUGGCAGCCGCCAAUUGGCUGAAUACCCAGGGAGGCGGGGGGGGGGGGGGGGGGGGGGGGGGGGGGGGGGGGGGGGGGGGGGGGGGGGGGAUAUAUAAAGUGAUCUGUGCAUUUGAACAACAGCAUAAAUAGACCUAUUUCACUUUUGCAUGUAAAAACAGAAUCACCACUGCUGCCACUGUUUUGAUUACCAAAAGUUAUAUUUUUAGAACGAGCAGCGCGCAGCCAGCUCCCAAGUGCAUUGGUGACACAAGCACACAACGAGCACAGAUGCAGCAAGUGAAAAUAAAUGAUCUAACUGGGAUAGCUAACUAGCAUAACGUCAGAAGCGUCAUGAGCUCGCCAGUAACUUUAGUUAGACUUGAUUGGCAUGAGAGCUAGCAAGCUAGCUACCGGAAUGCUAGCUUGCUGGUAGCUAUUGUCAAAAUUGGGCACAGAGACAUGUUUUUUUUUUUGCCCUACCAUGAUCGCGAGAAGGUUGUAGCUACUGUAUCCCUCUGUCCUUCGACUGUUAAUGGAUGUGGAUGUCUGGUUCAGGUCCCAGGCGCCCAAUGACUGUAAUGAUUAUUUUUAUUUACAAGUUAUUUACAAGUUACACAUUGCAAUUUGCUCUUUAGCGCCAACUGUUCAGUACCUGAUAGAGCAGGCCCAGAAGACCUGGACCUUCAUUACAACACCCCAGGAAAGGUCCAUUUACUUUGUGCUGUGAAAAUCAUGUGAUGAAAUCCUGCAAUCUCAUUGCUGCAGUCCUCCCCAAUAGCAAGCAAUGUAAUAGUUGGCAAAGCAAUCCAAGCGCUGGGCAGCAGGCUGAAUGCCCGGAGCUGUUGAUGGCAGAGCAGUAGGUAACCGAGCAGUAGUGCUGAGCGAUUAACCAAAAUAUAGGUUAUUUUGGGGUUUAUAAAACAACUAAUUGACCGACAUCGGUUCAAUUACUUGAAUUCCAUUUAGUUAGUAUUUUUUCUGUGAGCUCGAUGUGCAGUUUCUGUAGAGAUACAUCAGAACUAUGAACUGUGCGAUGUAGUUGGGAGUUGUAUUUUCCAACAGGCCAAUAUUCUACAUAGUUUAGCGCAGAAAAUGCGGUAAUGACCAUGAGACAUUGCACGCCCACUUAAACUUGUCCGGUCUAUGCAGAGCAGACACGGAGACUGAGAGAAGAGAGAUCGCACUAUUGAGAGGGAUAGAAAGCAGUUGCUUAGCGAGCCUGAAAAUACAUGAUCUAAGUGAUUGAUAGUUGGUAUUCAGCAGUCAUAAAAGUAUGCCUUAUUUACUACUAAAAUAGUGAUUUUGUCAGACAGCAUAGGCAGCAGCGCUAUAGGGAUGAGAUGAUGACUUGGAAUUAAAUAAAGUUAUCAAAUAAAACAUUUUAUUAAAGUAAAAUAAUGUGAAUAAAUGAUGGUUAAUAAGUGAUAAGCAGCAAUGGGAAGUCGCUACCAUCAUGGGACUUUUAUUAAUUGUUUUAUUCAGUGUUGUUACAGGAUUCAACCUACAUAAUGCAUAGUGCAUUUAAUGUCUAAAAAUGUUUAUCAAAACCGAAAUCGAAAACCAUGAUUCAUUUUUUAUAAUCGAACCCGAACCGACUUCAAAAAGCACUAAUCGCUCAGCACUACUGAACAGCUAGUUUUGAACAAAACAUUUUUGAAACAGUCAAAUGUACACAAAUUAACGACACUUUUAUGGACAUUUUAAACAUAAUCCUUGAAUUAUAUAAUAUAUAUUUUAUUGAAAAUCACAAGUGGGGCAUUUUUUUUUUUUUACAGUAAUCCUCAUUGGAAUAUUCCAUGAUGCUAACAGCACCAUCGAGUUUAGCUAGCAUUAACCCUUCGUUCUGUGUCAGGCUGGUGCUGGCAGGUCAGGAGACACUGUCAGGUCUUUCUCAACCUGCCUCAAGUUGGAAAAACCAGAGUCUGAGUGACUGACACUAACUCUGUGUGACUCUGAGGCUGUUCAAUUAUGGGCACUGUACCAUUGGGUCUUUAUCGUUCCUUGUGCAUUUUAGCAAAGGCAGUUUCUACUCCUCUUAGAGUAUUUCUGGUCUUUUAGGACUAUGGCCCUGUCCUGUGCUAUCUGAGCUUGGCGUUCCCUUUUGAUCCAGCCAUUGUCCCUCUUCCUGGUCUUAUCCCAACAGCUGUCCUAUGUUUUCUUGGUUCUAUUCAAGCCCCCGUCUCUACUGUACAGUCUCCAUAACACACACAGACAAAACAAGAUGGAUUCCCUGGCCUCAAACAGACAGAUGUGGUUGUUAUUUUUAAUUUUUUUCUAAUCAAUCUACUCACAAUGCCCCAUAAUGACAAAGCAAAAACAUGUUUUUAGAAAUGUUUGCUAAUGUAUUAAAAAUAAAAAUAAAUAACACAUUUGGCAGGACAGCAGGGAAACGCACUAUCCCAAUCUGCCACAACCUGUCUGUGGAGGUCUAACCGAUUAUUGUAAUCAUCAUAAUUACAGUGGCUUCAGAAAGUAUUCACACCCCUUGACUGUUUCCAGUAAGUUGCAUGGACUCAUUCUGUGUGCAAUAUUAGUGUGUUUAACAUGAGUUUUGAAUGACUACCUCAUCUCUGUACCCCACACAUACAAUUAUCUGUAAGGUCCCUCAGUUGAGAAGUGAAUUUCAAACACAGUUUAAACCACAAAGACCAGGGAGGUUGUCCAAUGCUUCUCAAAGAAGGGCACUUAUUGGUAGAUCGGUAAAAAAAAAACUUUGCACACAUUGAAUAUCCCUUUGAGCAUGGUGAAGUUAUUAAUUACAUUUUGGAUGGUGUAUCAAUAUACCCAGUCACUACAAAGAUACAGGCAUCCUUCCUAACUCAGUUUCCGGAGAGGAAGGAAACCGCUCAGGGAUUUCACCAUGAGGCCAAUGGUGACUUUAAAACAGUUACAGAGUUUAAUGGCUGUGAUAGGAGAAAACUGAGGAUGGAUCAACAUUGUAGUUACUCCACAAUACAGUACUUACCUAAAUAACUGAGUAAACAGAAUAAAAAAUAUUCCAAAACAUGCAUCCUGUCUGCAAUAAGGCACUAAAGUAAAACUGCAUAAAAUAUGAAAUUAAUUUUAUGUUCUGAUUACAAAGCGUUAUGUUUGGGGCAAAUCCAACACAACACAUCACUGAGACCACUUCAUAUUUUCAAGCAUGGUGGUGGCUGCAUCAUGUUAUGGGUAUGCUUGUCAUCGGCAAGGACUAGGGAGUUAAGCACAGGCAAAAUCCUAGAGGAAAACCUGGUUCAGUCUGUUUUCCAACAGACACUGGGAGACAAAUUCACCUUUCAGUAGGACAAUAACCUAAAACACAAGGCCAAAUAUACUCUGGAGUUGCUUACCAAGAAGACAUUGAAUGUUCCUGACAUUGAUAUUGUGCCCUAUAGGCAAUAUCAAAAUCCGCCAAAAUAGGUUAAAUUACCAGAUUGUCAUGUGGUUUAUUAUGUUAGGCUAUCUGUAUUACUGGGCUAUAUCAGCCAAUAUGCUAUCUGUAUUACUGGGCUAUAUCAGCCAAUAUGCUAUCUGUAUUACUGGGCUAUAUCAGCCAAUAUGCUAUCUGUAUUACUGGGCUAUAUCAGCCAAUAGGCUAGCCGUAGUUUGAAGAGAGCAGAGUUGGAGAGACUUGCGCUUUCUCUUGAGCUACGUUUUAUAGCCUACCUUUUCGGAGUGGGACGAUUUUCAUAAGGAGACAAAUAUGGGUGAUCAAUAUUUAUUUCUAAGCAAUGUAGUAAGAUAUAGCCAAAUCCUAUUUAGGAAGUACAUUUCCUUGGAAAGAUAACUGCCCGUGCUUCUUCGUCCAUGCAUAGGAUAUAGGCUACUCCAUUUAAUUGAGCCCACACACGCACCUGAUCUCGCACGUAUGGCAACGGAAGCAUCGAAUGAUGAGAGCGGACACUUGCACUUUCUCUUGAGCUACGUUUUGCAUAUAGCAUAUAGCCUACUUUUUAGGAGGACGAUUUGCAGGCAGAGACAAAUAAAUGGGUAAUCAAUUUGUAUUGACAAUGAAAAGGCACAACGCUUGCUCACCAUGGUAGCCUAUGCGUGCGUUGCGCCUUUUGCUUUUCAAUGAUGAUUGCAUUUUUUGGUUCCACCUCGACUCACGUUGGUUGAGCGCCCUCCACUUCUUUUCAUUAUCAAUAUUUAUUUACAGACACUGUAGUAAUGUCAUCAUAUUUAAUUUAAUUUCCCUGGAAAGAUAACUGCCAAUUUAUUCUCCACCCAUGCAUAGGCAGCCUACUCUAUUUCAUUGAGACCGCACAUAGGCCUAUAGUGUACUUUAUCUCACACACCCAACUGUGAGAGGAGGUAGGCUACUUAGACUGUGUGAAUAAUGCUACAAAGAUGUGUUUUUAAUACAAUUGGAAGGCUAACGCAUGCAAAGCAGAAAGACAACCGUUUCCAAAUAAUCUGCGGGACAACAAAAAUAUUUUUAUCCCAAAGUUGUCUGUCUGACUGCCCGCUCCCAACCGCAGCAUGAAAAAUGCUGACCGCACCGCAAUGAUCUCUGUCGGGUCCCGAAUGAUUCUGGACCCUUCUUUAACAUGCCAUUUACGUCAAAGAUAGAGAUUUGUUUGUAAAAAAAAGAAAACUUCUCCUUUAAGAUCCCGGACUGCAUCUUUAACAAUGAACAAGUGUGAGGCCCUCCUUGGGCCCCACAACAGUCUCGAUGGCCUUUUAAGUUGGAGAGAGAGUGGAAAUGGCUAUGAGCUUUCCUUUCCCCUCCUGGUGAAGGGGCCAGAGCAGGAGAACCUUUGAAGCUUUGCCACACAAAAUAAUAUGAAUGUCCCUCUCGCCCCUCGUUUACAAAAGCCUAUUCCUAGGAAUAUCCCCACUGUGAUCUACAUUUUCUUUUUCAUUUCUGUGUGUGGGUAUGAGGAUGCAUGAAAGACCGAGGGAGAGAGGGGAGCAGACCGGUUGCCAUGGUUAUAUGCGCUCUUUCGCAUGAUUGUUAGGAGUGUACUCACCAAAACAUAGAAAUGGGGGAGAGAAAAAAAACAUUUAGCUGACUGUGUGGUGAACAGGGACUAAAUGGCUGGGUAUUAAAUGGCUUAUUCAUUUUCCACUCGAAAUCUACUUUUUGCUUGCAUUGUUGACAGAAAAUUCUGUGCAGCUACAAAAGAACGCCUCAAAGUAAAAGCACCAUUAUGACAGGUUUGAGUUGCCGUAAUGAUAGAUAGUGAUGGGGGGGGGACAAUCAGGUACAUAUCGCAAUAUUAAUUUGGAGGAUAUUAUAUCGAUACUUUCACUCCAAGUAUCGAUUUGUAAAAACAUUUUUAUUUGUAUUUAUUUUUGCUAGGUAGCGUUAGUCGGCUGUACCUGCGCCAAAACUCCGAUAUUUUUCAUCCUAUAGCUUGUUCUCCAGCUAGUCAACAUGUUUUCAGCACUUUUAUUUCCAUGACUGAUCCAUGACUAACCUUUAUUUUGACAGGGAGUCAAUGCUGAGACCAAUGUCUCUUUUCCAUUUUAACACCUAGGUCUAAGCUUAGGCAUUCAGGUGAUGUCAUUUUAACACCUAGUAUAAGCUUAGGCUUUCAGGUGGCGUCAUUUUAACACCUAUUCUAAGCUCAGGCAUUCAGGUGGCGUCAUUGUAACACCUAGUCUAAGCUCAGGCAUUCAGGUGGCGUCAUUUUAACACCUAGUCUAAGUUUAGGCAUUCAGGUGGUGUCAUUUUAACACCUAGUCUAAGCUUAGGCAUUCCGGUGGUGUCAUUUCAAAAUCUAGUCUAAGCUAAGGCAUUCACAACUGUAUGACCAGUGCAGGAUUAAGCUCUAACUGGUCCUCCAGUUAAGCUCUUUACCUGGUUUCCCCUUUAGAGGCCACCAGGCAGGCAGAGGCCCACCCCUGAACCCAACCCUGCUCAUGACUGAACUCCGAACCAUCUUAAAUCUUAAACCACGCCUCAGAGCCUAUGGAGUGACUCAACUUACUCCCCCUGCCCACCCCGCUCUUCAAUCCACAAUCCCCUAGUAUCCUCCCAGAUAAUACAGUAUAUCACCAAGCACAAAGCAAGGAGGCCCCUCCCUCUGUCAGCUUAGUGGGACAGUGGGACAAAAGCUCUUGUGUGGGCCCCUGCCCAGAGGCCGGUCAGUAUCCUUGGCCCUGAAAGCACCCAUAGCAGUUCAGUAGAGUAGACCUCCCCUGGGAUAGGGCCUCCUAUUGCAUCACUCACUUCAGUCAUUUGCUUCUUCCUCUGUAUUCUUCCACUCACUGUAUUGCGGUCCGCAGGGCUGUGGAUUUCUCUGUGGAUUACUGCCACCCCCACAGGUCAGGAAGAGACAACAGAGGCAGCCUCAGAGAUCCCUUUAGAUAAAGCCCAGAAGAGGUAGCCUCAGAGACUUGUAUUUAUUAUGGAUCCCCAUUAGCUGUUGCCAAGGCAGCAGCUACUCUUCCUGGGUUCCAAACACAUUAAGGCACUUACAUCACAAAAUAAACGAACAAAAACUAAAUAAAACAUAACAUCACCACACCACUACAUAUCCACAGCACAAAAUGUACAAUAGCACCAUACAACAAUAUUAAAAUGUACGUGUGUGUAGAGUGUGUGUGCUUGCGUGCGUGUGUGUGUGUCUAUUCACAGUCCGCAUUGUUCCAUAAGGUGUAGUUUUAUCUGUGUUUUAAAUCUAAUUUUACUGCUUGCAUGAGUUACUUGAUGUGGAAUUGAGUUCCAUGUAGUCAUGGCUCUGUGUAGUACUGUGCGCCUCCCAUAGUCUGUUCUGGACUUGGGGACUGUGAAGAGACCCCUGGUGGCAUGUCUUGUGGGGUAUGCAUGGGUGUCUGAGCUGUGCACUAGUCACUUGAACAGACAGCUCAGUACUUCCAACAUGUCAAUCCCUCUCACAAAGACAAGUAGUGAUGCAGUCAAGCUCUCCUCUACUUGGAGCCAGGAGAGUUUGACAUGCAUGUUAUUAAUGUUAGCUCUCUGUGUACAUUUAAGGGCCAGCCAUGCCCAGAAGAGGAAGCCUCAUAGGUCCCUUUAGGUAAAGCCCAGAAGAGGAAGCCUCAGAGAUCCCUUUAGAUAAAGCCCAGAAGAGGAAGCCUCAGAGAUCCAUUUAGAUAAAGCCCAGAAGAGGAAGCCUCAGAGAUCCACUUAGAUAAAGCCCAGAAGUCAUCAGAUCACAGCAAUUAUCUCAUUAUCUUUAGGUUUAUAUAGUUAUUAACUCCAGACUUUGGGUCUGAGACAGGCUUGUCAAUAAGUAAAGUCUCAAGUCAGCCAUUAACUUUAUAAUGUACGAGUUGCAACAAGGUUGUUCUUCUGUUGUGGUUGUUUUACAGGUGAUGUACUUCAGCUCGUUGUUCCCUUACGUGGUGCUGAUCUGUUUCCUGGUCCGGGCUCUGCUCCUGAAAGGCUCUGUGGACGGGAUCCGACACAUGUUUACCCCUAAGGUACAGUAAUGCUGUUUUAUAGUUACACCCAACAUACAGUCAAUGUAAUGGUGCCAACUUCACACCCAAGGCACAGUCAACCCAAUGCUGCUGCAUACAGCCAACAUACUGCACUACACCCAAGGCACAGUCAACCCAAUGCUGCUGCAUACAGCCAACAUACUGCACUACACCCAGGCACAGUCAGGGCCCCAGACGUCUUCAGAGAGUUAGCCAAUGCACUUGUUUGAUCCAAUGCACUUGUUUGAUCCAAUGCACUCGUUUGAUUCAGUACGCUCGUUUGAUCCAGUACGCUCGUUUGAUCCAGUUGUGGAUCAAUGUUACAUUGUUCCCUUUACUGAAACAGGAAGGAAAAGAUAUUGACUGAAAAUGUGCCAUAAAUGUACAAAUAUUUUUUACCGGAGGUCAGCUAUUCAACAGCAGUGGUCCUCAACAUUGUUUACUAAAGAGGAAGGCCAUGUUGAAUGAAAAUGUGCCAGAAAUAUAUAUUUUUAAAUACACUAGUCUAUUAUAGGUUGGCUACUCAGCUGCCGUGGACCAAUGGCAACUCAGGCAAAAUGAAUAAUUUGAUUUGGGCUCUGCUGUGGUGGCAGACUUCUCACCAUGGUAACAGGAGCCGCUCGGCGCUCCCUGCUUUAUGUAACAUCCACGGCGGCGUGUUCCGUUCAUUUCACAACAGAGUCUCAUGUGUCUGCUGAUUCUCACACGGCUGACAUCUUCCUACUUCAAAGGCCUACGCUGCGUCUCCUGUGUGCAGGGAGGGAGACAUCAAAAGCAGGGCUCAUUGUGUGCUGCAUAAUGUGUGCCUUCUAACUGUGUUAAGCCUAUCACCACACAAAUAUACUGUAGGAUAUUUGAGGGCAGUGGCAUGAUAGAUAUGCUCUCAGUAUGUUGUGUCCUUGUUUGAUCUUCCAUAGUUUUGAUAAAUGGAGUUAACUCUCAACCAUGAUUCACAUGUCCACUGCUCUGCUCCACUGGUCCAAACAAUGGUUUGUACAUUACUAGAAAAACACAGACUCUCGUAAAAUAAAUAACGUAGUGUUGUCCUAAAGAGCCAAACGUCGGUAAAAUGUAUCCACCAACUCUAGUUGAGCUUCCUUUAGUCAGCACCUCACCUAAAUGUCCAUUCUUUAUUUAUUUCAUUCCAGUUGGAGAUCAUGCUGGAGGCCAAGGUGUGGCGUGAGGCGGCCACACAGGUCUUCUUCGCCCUGGGCCUGGGCUUCGGAGGUGUCAUAGCCUUCUCCAGCUACAACAAGCGGGACAACAACUGCCACUUCGACGCGGUGCUGGUCUCCUUCAUCAACUUCUUCACCUCUGUGCUGGCCACCCUGGUGGUGUUCGCCGUGCUCGGCUUCAAGGCCAACAUCAUGAACGUCAAGUGUAUCGCACUGUAAGUAUGGAUACGCAAUUACGCUGUCGUCAAUCAAUCAAUUCAAAUGUAUUUAUUAUACAAAAAACGUCUGUUUGAUGCUGACAUGAAGUUUGAGUCACACUGUGACCCACUGAGCCAUUGAAUAAGACCAGUAAGAUGUUAGCAAUAAGGUCUAUAACAGGGAUGGGCAACUGGCAGUAAUCAGCGGGCCCCCUUUUGUAGGCCCACGGAUCAAUUUAGGAACUCAGUUGUGGUCUCAACUUACUGUUGAGAGUUAGAAUAGUACAAUAUACAAGGUGCCAUUUAGAAAUGUGCAUCAGCAGUUUAGCAGUUUCUGUCUUGUUAUGUCAGUCACUGACAGUCACUCAAUUAGCCCAUGUAAGAUAACAUGUUUUAGAUUGGUAAGUUAGUCUAGCCAGCUAUCUAAACUUAGUAGUAAUCAUGGUCGAAUUACCGACCGGGGGCCCCCAUUGAUUUUGUUAGUCACUCUCACUCAGAUAUCAUAUUAAAAACAGCAAACAUUUCUCUCCACCCCAUGGCAAAAUCUGUAGAAUUGCUUAAAAUUAGUUAUAAAAUUGCAAAAAUGUCUCUGCUGUCAAGAGGGGGGCCGCUAAAUUAUUUUGCUCGCAAGGUGGGGAGCCCCCCAACAAAAUGUCACUUAGGGCCCCCAAAAGGCUACACCCUGACUGUGCCUGGGUGUAGUGCAGUAUGACUGCAUGUGUGAGUAUGGAUGUGGUUAUACAGACAGGCGAGCCACUGCGGCCUCUCAUGAUGAUUUCAGAUUUAUUGUAACCCCCACCCCAAUCAAAGUUGCCCAUUCAUGGCCUUUAAGAUAUUAGCAAUAAGGCCUAGAAGAUAUUAGCAUAGUCUAUGAUAAAGCAUCCAUUUUGAUCUGAUCUUAUUUCAUUUUCUAUCUCUCAGGAACACUAAGAAGAUAGUGGGUUUGCUGGGGAACGAGAUCAGCCAUGAUCUGAUCCCCCACCACAUCAACUUAAGUGCUACUUUGAGCGCUGAUGAAUACCAACAGAUCACUGAGAUCAUCAGAGGGGUGAAGGAGAAGGAUUACCAGCGUCUGGACUCCUGCAGCAUUGAGGAAGAGCUCAACAAGGUGAGGGGCCGUUGUCUUCCGACAGCUACAUCAUGCUAAUGUUUUGGUCAGUGCAGACGGCCGUCGAAACAUCUGACGUAAGACAAUGGGUGACGAGGUUCAUAGAAUGUAUAACGGUGAUAUCAUAUCAUAAUUUUGUAUCUUUUAUGAUCAUAAUCACUUUUAGGUAGCAUUCUACUUGAAGAAAACACAAACAGUCAUGAAAACUGGUGUCAGAUAUGAUGUCAUCACGACAACUGACUUUACACUAUCAUGUCUCAAACCAGGAUUAGCUACGACUAUCCAAUGAAUUUUUUUAGUGUCAUAACAGUGCGGUAAAGUGUUACUGAAUGCGGUUUCUCACAGACUGUGUUAGACCAAUCUCUAGAUCUUAUCUAUGCACUUUGAGAUUUGUAUUUCCUCCCCCUUCUCCCCCCUCCUCCCCCUGCUCCCCGUCCUCCUCCCCCUGCUCCCCGUCCUCCUCCUCCUGCUCCCCGUCCUCCUCCUCCUACUCCCCGUCCUCCUCCCCCUUCUCCCCGUCCUCCCCCUGCUCCCCAUCCUCCUCCACCUGCUCCCCGUCCUCCUCCCCCUGCUCCCCGUCCUCCUCCUCCUACUCCCCGUCCUCCUCUACCUGCUCCCCGUCCUCCUCCUCCUACUCCCCGUCCUCCUCCACCUGCUCCCCGUCCUCCUCCCCCUUCUCCCCGUCCUCCUCCACCUGCUCCCCGUCCUCCUCCUCCUACUCCCCGUCCUCCUCCACCUGCUCCCCGUCCUCCUCCCCCUUCUCCCCGUCCUCCUCCACCUGCUCCCCGUCCUCCUCCACCUGCUCCCCGUCCUCCUCCCCCUGCUCCCCGUCCUCCUCCACCUGCUCCCCAUCCUCCUCCACCUGCUCCUCAGGCAGUGCAGGGUACAGGCCUGGCCUUCAUCGCCUUUACAGAGGCCAUGACCCACUUCCCGGCGUCUCCCUUCUGGUCCGUCAUGUUCUUCCUGAUGCUGGUUAACCUGGGCCUGGGAAGCAUGUUCGGAACCAUCGAGGGCAUCAUCACACCCCUGGUGGACACCUUCAAAGUCCGCAAGGAGUUCCUCACAGGUCAGUCAGAGAGAGGGGAUGAAGGAAUAUAUGGUUCAUUAUUUCUCAGUUCACCUUUCUGUGAUUCCUCCUAUCUCCUUGUCUCCUUCUCAAUCUUAAUGGAGAAGGUCCAAGGUCCCUCUCUGACCUUUUUCUUCAGAGAAGAAAAUAUUCAAGGUAUUUAGGAAAAAUUUAACAGAAAGAGCCUAUAUGUCAGUUUGUGGAGGUAGACCUUUCCCACAAUGCAUCCUCAGCUGAGCUCUUGAUGUGUGUUUGCCAUAGUAACUGGUCAAUUAAAUAUUACCCAGGUGUAUGAUGUAUUAUGGCUCUUUGCUCUAAUGCUUCAGGCUCAAUAAUGAUGUCAUAAUACUAACUCUAAUGCAGAGUGUGGCACCAAAGAGAAUGUUUCAUAAUUGUUACAUUUAGUGCAGCAACAUGUUGACAAAUAUUGUGCAUGAAUUCUGUUAACGAGGAUGGCAUUUCUCCCCCUUGCACCGUUUGAUAAUGUCCAUGUUGUCUCCCUCCUGUAACAGUGGGUGUCUGUCUGCUGGCCUUCUUCAUUGGCCUGCUGUUCGUCCAACACUCUGGGAACUACUGGGUGGCCAUGUUUGACGACUACUCCGCCACACUGCCUCUGCUCAUAGUGGUCAUCCUGGAGAACGUGGCUGUUGCUUGGGUCUAUGGGACUGACAAGUAUGUGCAAUACAUGUCAAAUCAUAUACAGAAUGGCAGUAAUCUGUGGUUGCCAAAGUCAACACAGUCUAAACUGUGUACCAUUAUGUAUUCUCACCUCCUGUGGUGGUAUCCCGUCCCCGUCUCCUCCUCCUCCUCCCCAGGUUCUUUGAGGAUCUGAAGGACAUGCUGGGCUUCACUCCGUUCCGGUUCUACUACUACAUGUGGAAGUACGUGACCCCCCUGCUGCUCAUCCUGCUGCUGGGCUCCAGUGUGAUCCAGCUGGGAAUGACCCCACCCAGCUACAGCGCCUGGAUCAAGGACCUAGUGAGUCGCCUCUCGACUGUGGUCUCUCUUUGGUGCAACUGGAAAAAGGCCAAAACACAGUAUUUCAGUUUAAUGGACUAUUGUUUCAGUCAAUGGGAUGUGCAAGAUUUUAUUCCACUCCUACCUGGCAUCUUCUUCUUGUCUCCUUUCCUUUAUCCACACCGAUUUGUAAUAUACCUGGAACAGUCAUGUUAGCUACACCAAUAGGAGCAGUCACUUGAUAAGCGCUUUGCCAUGUUAGCUUCACCAAUAGGAACACUCGAUAUACGCUUUGCCAUGUUAGCUUCACCAAUACUCCACUGUUGGAUUAUCAAGAUCAGAAAUGUAAAGGCAAUUUCCUAUUGAGCCGACAUAUGCAGGAGUUUACCGUGAAUGCAGUCUCCGCUAACGUGGGAACAGUGAUUUUAAAUUUCAAUCACGUUGUAACGCUGAACUUCCGCGAUAUGGAUUGAAUAGAGCCCUUAGACUUAAGACAAGAGGACUUCACACUUAAACUCGUUUUAAGAUGCAACCUAUUAUCACGAGGCCAACUUGCUGUCCCAUGGUUUUUGUGUCAGUAUCAGUGUCACUGUGUUUACCUGUCUGGUAUCCUUGGUGACCGGUUGUAACAUUCCAGUCGUAGCUGUACUCUAGUCAGAACCUUGAUAAACCUUCUUCAUCCCCUCCAGGCCAGUGAGAAGUCUCUGAGCUACAAUAAUAAACAGUAGUAGUAGUAUACAGCAUUACAGUAGUAGUAGUAUACAGCAUUACAGUAGUAGUAGUAUACAGCAUUACAGUAGUAGUAGUAUACAGCAUUACAGUAGUAGUAGUAUACAGCAUUACAGUAGUAGUAGUAUACAGCAUUACAGUAGUAGUAGUAUACAGCAUUACAGUAGUAGUAUUACAGGGAUGUAGCUCAGUUGGUAGAGCAUGGCAUUUGCAACGCCAGGGUUGUGGGUUCGAUUCCAGUAAAAAAAAUAAAAAUGUAUGCACUCAUUAACUGUAAGUGGCUCUGGAUGAGAGCGUCUGCUAAAUGACUAAAAUGUAAAUGUGGUAACCUCUAACCUCCCUGUCUCCCCCUCCAGGCCAGUGAGAAAUCCCUGAGCUACCCUCCGUGGGGUCUGGCAGUCUGCAUCUCCCUGGUGGUAA